GCUGGCGGCAGUAUUGAACUAAAGCGCAAACGAGUGAAGAGCGACCAACUGUACCAAGUUAUUGAGUGCACUCUCAGUAAUUUGCAAGCACAGAGUACAUCGUAUUAAACUAAUCUAAAGCGAGAUUUAAAACAUAAACAAUGGCUUUGCUACCAUACUUAUUGGAUGAUCUACGUCCGCGCCCUCGUCGGCUGUAUGACCAGCUCUUUGGGUUGGAUUUAUCUCCUGAUGACUUCCUGACAGAUAUAGUCGACCGCACCAUGAUUCCUGCACGAAAGUACUUGCGUCCAUGGAGGAACCUGUCGUUGGCGGCGCGGGACGUCGGCUCUACCAUCAAGUCUGACAAGGACAAGUUCCAGGUGAAUUUGGAUGUACAGCAUUUCGAUCCGGAAGAGAUUUCUGUGAAGACCUCGGAUGGCUACGUCGUUAUUGAGGGUAAACAUGAGGAGAGGAAAGAUGACCACGGCUACAUAUCGCGGCAGUUCAAGCGUCGGUAUGCUCUACCUGAAGGCUGCAACCCUGAUACCGUGGAGUCCAGGUUGUCCUCCGAUGGUGUGCUGACUAUCACCGCGCCGAAGGUGUCUGAGAAGAGCGACGAGAGGGCUGUACCCAUCACUCACACCGGACCAGUUCGGAGAAAGCCUCAUGAUGAAGAAAAUGGCGUCGUUGAAGAAGAAGAAGCAAAAACACCACAGAAGAAACGCAAGAAGUAGAUUAUAAUAUAUAUUUUUGUUUUCAAAUCCACCUAAUUACCUGAUUGUAUUACUUAAUGUUAAGACUGAUUUCGAAUUAAGUUUAGUUUUAUGAAUAAAUGGCAUUUUUUCUAA